CAACUUUCUACAAUUUCGGCUUCUUUCCUGCAUGUGCCCUUCUCUCUCUGUCUCCUCUCUCUCUCACCUGCUUGCUGCUCUCCACUCUCCCACCUUUCCCUUCUCUUUCCAUUUCCUUUUCCUCUUCUUUAACCACAGCCUCGUUAAUUGUGUUGAUUCUGGUAGAUUCAAUUUUGUGGUAUCUGUUUUCUCACCUCCAAGGGCAAUUAUACCUUUUACUUCGAAAUCAAGAAACGGUCAAUAGGAUUUGGUGAGAAAUUUUUGCUGUCUGGUUUUAGAAAUGGUCACCCAAUCAUGGUUCCGUAGUCUGUGGACACCAUCGAAGAAGAAUGAGUUUCAUACUGAAAAGGCAAAGAUUGCGGUUUUGGCCUUUGAGGCUGCUAGCUUGAUGACUAAACUGCUUCACCUGUGGCAAUCAAUGACUGAUAAGCAGGUUGCUAGGUUAAGAGAGGAGAUAAAUAGCUCGUUGGGUAUAAAGAAGCUUGUAUCGGAGAGUGAUGAUUAUAUUGGGAGGUUGAUUUGUGCGGAGAUGAUGGAAAAUUUGGUGCACGUGGCAAGAGCAUUGGCUAGGCUGUCCAAGAAAUGCAACGACCCCCUGCUAAGAAGUUUUGAGCAAGCAUUUAACGAUUUGAUCAAGGGUGGCGCAGACCCGUAUGGUUGGCAGUUCUCAUGGAAGAAGAUGGAGAGGAAAGUCAAGAAGAUGGAACGUUUUAUUGUUGCAAAUGCUAAUUUGUAUCAAGAGAUGGAGACGCUCGCAGAUCUUGAACAGGCAUUGAAGAGGAUGAAGGGCAAUGAUAGCACAGAUAGCAUUACCUUGGUUGAAUACGAGAAGAAGAUUGCAUGGAAGCGGCAGGAGGUGAAGCAUCUCAAGGAAAAUUCUCUUUGGAGUCGGACUUAUGAUUACACCAUUCUUCUCAUGGCGAGAUCCCUUUUUACUACGUAUGGCAGGAUUGGACAUGUUUUUGGAGUUAACCAGAUUGCUGACAUGGGGGUUAAUUCUAGAGUCAUAGAUGUUUCUAACAACCGACGUAGCCACUCAACUGUCUUCAUGCAAUCGUCUGUUUACCCAUCCGAAAAUUAUGUUCCUAGAUUUUCUACUGGCGUACAAGGGAAGUCUAUCUCUUCGUCAGGCCCCCUCUUGAGAACAAGCAACAUGGGCAAUUUCCGCUCAGGUCCUCUUGGGAACUCAAUGGCUACCUCUAGUCCGAUCUCUGGAAAGCAUAAUGGUGUUGGUGGUUACUAUUCGGGUCCCUUAUCCAGUUCGACAGCCAAAUCCACUCCUACUUCAAGAACGAGCAAGAGUUCUUUGAGAUUGUGGCAGUUCCGUGAUAAAUCUCACAAAGCUGAGAAAAUCUCUCAACGAAAACCAAAUGGAACCAUGUCAGGACCUUUAACUGGAUCUGUUAUGGGUGGAAAUGGCUCUCAGACGAGUAACACCUACUCGGUACCUGGUGAUGCUCAUCCUGGAGUCAUGGAUGGACAAAUUUAUGGGAACUCAAGUGAUGGAAACCUCUCUGUAGUUGCUUCAAAGAGCAAGCUGUUGAAUCCGCCUCCUGAAACUCUUGGUGCUUCCGCCUUAGCACUUCACUAUGCAAAUCUCAUCAUAUUCAUCGAGAAAUUGGUGGCGUCUCCUCACCUGAUUGGAAAUGAUGCUAGAGACGAUGUAUACAAUAUGCUGCCAGCUAGCAUCAGAGCAUCCCUCAGGGCCAAGCUGAAGCCUUAUGCAAAGAGCCUGAAUUCAUCAGUUUACGACACUGCUCUUGCGAAUGAAUGGAAUGAGGCUAUGUCAAAAACACUCGAAUGGCUCGCCCCGCUUGCUCAUAACAUGAUAAGAUGGCAGUCGGAGCGAAGCUUUGAGCACCAGAGCUUGGUCUCCAGAACAAACGUCCUCCUCGUCCAAACACUCUACUUUGCAAAUCAAGAAAAGACAGAAGCACAAAUCACUGAGCUUCUCGUUGGUCUCAACUACAUAUGGAGAUUUGGGAGAGAAAUCACUGCCAAAUCGCUGGCAGAAUGCGCCAGUGGCAGAACGUUUGAUGAAUACCAGGACUGAUAUCGCGCGCUCUCCCGUGUUUGUGUGUGUGUAUAUAUAUCAUCAUCAUCCUACACCAUGUCGGGCGAAAGGAGCUCCUUUCAGUGAUCGAGAUACGUUUUCAGACCACGGUGUCUGAAUAUUUUGGUGAUGACAACCUUGGGAGUCCGCUGUGAUGGAUCUUUGGAAGCAGAUUUGAAUCCGAGGUUGCGCCGCCCAGGCCGUGUUUCGUCUUCCGGUCAGUUCGAUUCCUGGUAAAUUGUACAGCCAAUAUUGCCUCCUUCCUUUAUGAUCGUUGAUAGCGUAUGUGUAUGUUAGAAAAUGAGGGUUUUGUCUGAUCAAGCUUUGCUGCUCGUCUCAGUUUCAUGUCUACUUAAAUUUGUAUUGCUAGAUUACACGAAUGAUUCAAUAGUGCUUGCUGUUUGUCCUGAGAUUUAUAGCUAUCAUCAAGAUUUUUCGAGUUUUUGGAUGUGAUUUUUAUUUGUGGGAAAUGAUACAUGAGUUGGACCUUUA